GCUCGUACAUUAUGACUUCCUGGCAAACCUCCCUGUUAGGUGUAAUCUAUGUUACAAAACACAAAGAACCAAGGUUAUUGUUCAAAGUACAAAAAAAAAAAAAGGAAUAGCGCUGUGAUUCAGAUUUUUCAGGACGUCCAGUCAAAUAGGUAAGAUAUUAAGAUAUACGGCAUUGCCAAACAGAUAAUUUUUAUUUCUGCAAAAAUAAAUGCAAUACUGUAUAUUGAAUGAAAUCAGUAACAAACGUACUGGGUGUCAAAUUACAAUGUACUACAUAGUUUGCAUUGUGCAUAAUACUAUGUUGAAUAUUUAUGGAUAUUUUUUAUAUUUUAUAUUUAUAUAUUUUUUAGAAAAUGUAUACAGUUGCCAAAUUGUGCCCCUAGAGUCUAGACUGUUUGGACUAUAGCUCCAUACAUUCUUUGUAAAUGGUUUGCAAAGCAUAUUGAGAGGUAUUAUUUAAACAGUGGCAUGCAACAAUGUUACAGAAUUUAAAGGGGCACUCUUAGGAUCAGAAUAAGUACAGCUUAAUGUAGUAGUUUUGGUACAAAGAGGCUGUCGCUGCGAUCUGACAAAUUUAAACACUGCCUUUUUUUGAGAAAUGUAUUAAAGGUGUUCCUAAGGAUACCUCUAAUGAGAACUGAGGUGCUUCGUGUUACAGUCAUGCAAUAUUUGCAAGACCAACAUUUGGUCUCCGCAUGCUUUGCAUAAAGAUGCCGAAUGCUCCACAUUGACAUGCAUUGAUAUAAUUCAUGUAUGUUAGGAGAUGAUGGUUGGUGCAGUGCGUCUUUGUGCAUGUCCACUAAUCCUUCUCUAUCAUUAAUGAUGAUCUAAACCAGAGGAGGACCAGCGACUCUGCAAGACUGGCAUCAUGUGAGAUAAAAGAUAAGUAAAUCUUUUUUAGUUUAUGGUGGGGGGGGGAGGACAUCUAAAUAGUUCCAUUAUAGCUUUGAUGUUAGAAAAAAACAUGUCUUUGAGUAUGUACAAAAGUUCAAAAUCUUGUUUUUUUUCUUUAAGAAAUUUUUUUUUUUAAUUGUUGGGGUUUUUCACUUUAGUGCGAAUGUUGGUCAAGUGGGUCUUUGUCUGUUUUAAGGGGGCAUUGCCAGCAUUGGGCCAAAAUAGUAGAUUAAAAGUCUCCAAUUUCUUUAUUUUGGCCUGAAAUGUUGUCAGUCAUUUACAAUUACCAUUUUAGUGAGUAAAACUCUAAGGGGAAUUAAAAUUAUAAGGAUCAUCAAAAUAUGUCUCUGCUUAGGGUGGUGAAAAUCCUUACAGUGGCCCUGCUUUAGUGAGUAACACUAUCAGAGUUCCACGAACGAUUCAGGAGCCUGGCAGAGUACCUUAGACCUAAACCCAAAGCAAGAUAAGAAAAAAAUAGAUAUGAUAUGCUAUGAUAUGAUAAGCCUUAUUAUUAGACUUGAUAAGUAGUACUGAUGAAUAAAACUGGGAUUUUAUGGUGGGGGAGGUGAGCUGGUGAAUAAGAUGAGGAUCUAGUAAAUUAGAUGGAAGUACUAGUGAAUAUUAUAGGGGUUUAUUUUUUUUUUUUAAGGGGCUUUCCUUUUCUGAUUGUUUUGCUUUGAAUCUUUUACAAACAGCAUUGGAGAGGAUAACUUGGCCAAGAUAAGCUGAGUUUUUUAGACCAUUGAUUUAGGCGAUAUAAGAAAGCUAAGUUUGAGACCAGUUUAUGCAUUUUGUCCUAAAAUUUACAAUUUCAUUUUAAGUUCCAUUUAAUUCUCAAUUUGAAGAAUAAACCUGUGAAGUUUUAGAUUAUAUUAGUUGAUUCUUUAUUGUUGCAUUUUUUAUUUAUAUUUGUCACUGUCUGUUUCAGUUAACAAUGUCAGACUAAACAUUUAAAGGAUCACCAUAGGGUCAUGAAUACAAACAUGUAUUCCUGGAAUACAAACAUGUAUUCCUGACCCUAUAUUGAAAACCCACCAUUUAAGAGGCUUGCAAAAUAGCAGAUUUUUAGCCAAUCCAAUGCUUGGCUAAUCAGCACCUUCUCAUAGAGAUGCAUUGAAUCAAUGCAUCUAUAUGAGGAAAAUUCAGCGUCUCCAUGCAGAGCGUGGAGACACUGAACGGCAGGGCUGCUUACUGUGCAGACCUGAGCCAGAAAGCCCCUCCAGUGGCCAUCUAAGGAGAUUGAGGUGUCCCUAGGGGCAAUGUAAGCAUUGUCAUUUCUCUGAAAAGGCAGUGUUUACAUGAAAAUGGUGUAAUUACAUUAAGCUGUAGUUCUUCUGGUGACUAUAGUGUCCCUUUAACAAGUUUAAUAUCUUGAAAUUCAAAUGUAUACACUGCAGAGCGACGAGCAGUGUAAAACAUUGCAAAUCAUUUUGAAUGAAGGAAACAAGAAAAAAAAAACAUGAUCAAUAGUAACAAUUAUUUAUACUAUUCUAAAUAAUUUAUUUAUAGUAUUCCAAAUAAUCUGCACCAUGUGCCAUCAUCGUCUACACACUAUGUUGAUGCUAGUUACAUUUUAUUGGUGCUGAGAAGAAUUCUAUCUGGAUUUCCUCACAGUAAGAUUGCACAAUCCUUUGGCAUGACUGAAAUGAUGUGCUAAAACAGGAAUUACUGAGAGCUUUACUAGGAAAUCACUAAUUUUAAGCCAAAAUACCCCAAACCAGAGAUUUUUAAAUUAUUUUUAUCCGUGUUGUUCCUUUAUCCAUUGUCCACAAUUCCAAUUUAAGUGCAAUUUUCCUGAAUAUUUAUCUUUGUGUAUGAGAAAAUAGAGCAGAAUAUAAAAUACAUUUUGUAAAUACUGAUUUUUUUUCUCUCUCACAUAAGUCCAUCUUUGCUAUGAUGAUCAUGUGUCAUGGGUAGAACUGGGGUACAUUUGUUUGUGUUUAAUAGGAGCUAUGCUCCAGAGCAGCAGCGGAAACCUUUUUAAGAUCAGCAGCUAAAAUUGCUGCCACCCAAGAAAAACGUAUGUUCUUGUGCUGGUUUUCCCCCCAGUGGGCCUUCUCGUGACAUAACAUAGUAUGGACUUUCACCCAUUGAUGAUGACCAUGCCAGCACUCCUAAUAAUUGCAGCGAAUUGAAAUGCAAAAUGCAUAACUAAAGUAAAAAUAGCUGAUCUGUGAUUAUUUGGGGAAUUGGUCUAGGUCAGCUAUUUAAGCCCCGAUUGUGCAAUCUGAAUUUUAAUUUGCUACAAAUCAAAGAAUUUAUUUAUACCAUACACUCCAGCCUUGCAAACUUGUAAAAAAACGUAGGCUCAUGUUUUCAAAUAGUAAAUACUGGUUACAUACAAGUGCAUCUAUUGAUACAAUUGUGACAAGUCCCAAAAGCUUGAGUUAGUCAAGAAACAAUACAUGAAUAUUUGAGUGAAAAGGAAGUAAUACUUACAGUAUUUAGGUUUUUUUUUUAAAGAUGGAUUACGAGAAGAUCGCUGAUGAAGUUUCAAAAAAGAUUUAUUCGUACAGUCAAGAUACAACAGGAUGGAAAAAAUUGAAGACUUCAGUAAGUAUAUAUCAAUCACUUUGCUUUAGAGCAUGGGUGCCCAAAAGGUAGAUCCCCAGAUGUUUUAAAACUACAACUUCCAUCAUGGUUUGUUAUUCUAAAUGUAUUCUUAAGCAUCAUGGGAGUUGUAGUUCUACAAGAUAUAAGGAUCUACCUUUAGGACAUCCCUGUUUUAGAGAAUGAGUUCAUUCAGUGUGUCUUUCUCUGGCUCUGCCUCUUCUCCCCAAUCCCUCUCUGUUGGCAUUCCCCAAGGGUCUGUCCUUGGUCCCCUAUUGUUCUCAAUCUACACUGCCUCCCUUGGUAAACUCAUCAGCUCCUUUGGUUCCCAGUAUCAUUUCUAUGUGGAUGACACGCAAAUUUAUCGUCCGCCCUGAUUUCUCACCACCCCUCUUGACUCGUGUCUCUGACUGCCUCUCUGCUAUUUCCAACUGGAUGGUUGCUCAUUUCCUUAAACUACACCUGUCUAAAACAGAACUUCUGGUCUUCCCUCCCUCAAGUGUUGCUACUCCCUUAUCUGUGUCCCUCCAAGUCAAUGGCCUACCAUCCGCUCUACCUCUAAGGCUCGCUGCCAAGGUGUUAUAGGUGACUCCGAUGUCUCCUUCAUCCCUCAUGUCCAAUCAAUCGCCAAAUCCUGCCACUUCCAUCUCUAAAACAUUGCCCGCAUCCGACCCUACUUAACACCUGAUACGGUAAACGUGCUUGUCGAUGCUGCUGUUCUUUCUCACCUUGACUACUGUAAUCCGCUUCUCAGUGGUUUACAUGUUCCCAACUUGCCCCGUUACAGUCUAUUAAGAAUGCGGCGGAGAGGCUCAUCUUCCUCUCCGCCCGCACCUCCCACGCCUCCCCCCUUUGUCAGUCUCUACAUUGGCUGCCCAUAAGAUAUAGGACUCCAUUUAAGAUCCUAAAACUUGCUUACAAGUCCCUACACAAGGCUGCUCCCACCUACUUAUCCUCACUAAUACACAAAUAUGUCCCGCCGGAGACCUACGUCUAACCUCUGUUCGUACUCCUACCUCUGAUACUCACCUUAAAGACUUUUCUAGAGCUGCGCCAUUCCGAUGAAACGCCCUUUCUCUCUCUGUUAGACUCUCACCCAAUCUCCUCUCCUUCAAAAAAGAAAACUUACUUCUUUAGGAAAGCAUAUCAAUUAAACUGUGAACAGCUUUUCCUCCCUGCACCCUGAUUCCUCUCCUGAAUACUAUCCUAGCAACCUACUUUACUACCCUACCCUUACCUUUUGUGUCACUAUAUCCCACUCCCUCUAGAAUGUAAUCUCAUUGAGAAGGGCCCUCAAUCCCUCUGUUCCUGUGCGACCAACUCAUCUGGUUACAAAUAUGUGUCUGUUAGUCCACCCAUGGUACAGCGCCAUGGAACUUGUUGGCGUUUUAUAAAUAAUAAUAAUAUAUAUUUUUUUACCAUUCUUCCCUUUCUAUUUGCUUUUCUUCAGAGAGAUGUAUUGGUUUCAUGGAAAUCAUCAAAUGAUUAUUUGGGAAGCAUGUAAGUAUUAGUAGAAAAAAAAAAAAUUAUGAUAUAAAUAGACAUAACCACUACAUGAUAAACAGUAUACAAUCAAAAAUAAAGUAAUGUAAAAUCAUUACAAUUAUAUAUAAAAAAUGUUCAUGUGCUGUCAAUACAAGUUUGCCAUUGUGUGAUCUGGCAGAGAUAUAAUGCAAAUUCAAUUUUUAUAUAUAUAUAUAUAUAUAUAUAUAUAUAUAUCUCGAUUGAGCAGGGUCCUCUUCAACCUAUUGUUCCUGUAAGUUUAUUUGUAAUUGUCCUAUUUAUAGUUAAAUCCCCUUUCAUAAUAUUGUAAAGUGCUACGGAAUCUGUUGGCGCUAUAUAAAUGGCAAUAAUAAUAAUAAUAAAUAAUAAUAUAUAUAUAUAUAUAUACAUAUAUAUAUAUAUAUAUUGUGAUAAAGUGAAGGCAGAUAGGCCUUUUAACCCCAGGGGAAGUACGUGUAGUUUGUGUGUUGCACAACACAAAGCUUUGUUUAGUUAUGGGCCCCUGGGGUGGAGCAUUUGGAGAGAAGGGUGGGCCAAUGCUCCACUCCACAGUUUAGUGGUUUUCUGGGGAGACAUAGAUCCAGGCCAGGGUUUUUUGGACCGUCUCCAACCCACUGCUCAGCUGCAGUUAAUGAGCUGUUGCAGUGGGAAUAAACCCCUCCCGGCUAGGCAGGAAAAGCAGAGGGAUUGCUGGCUUCCUCCCAGGAAGCAGGUAGGAGAGAGAGGCUGUUCUCUCCAGAUAGAGAGUCAAGUAGACUAGGCACUGGGAGUGCAGAAAGGAAGCAGUCAAGGCUGGCUUGGAGCACUGGGAGUGCCGGAGGAAGCAGUCAAGGCUGGCUUGGAGCACUGGAAGUGCAGAAAGGAAAGCAGUCAGGGCAAGGCUGGCUUGGAGCACUGGGAGUGCAGAAAGAAAAGCAACAGGCUAGCUAGAGAGUGUUGCUAUCUAAUAAGGUUGGUGCAGUAUGUUUUUGUUAGUUUAACCCUGAUAGAGAGGGUUAUUCAAAGUGAGUCAGUGCUCAGACGAGCUAGGUUUUUGUUUAAAGGGAAACCUGUUACAUUUGUUUUUCUUGUGCUGCUGUCUUUGUGGAGUUUAACAAUAAAGUGACUGGAAAUAAGUUGCUUUAAAAGACUGUGCAUGUUUGGGCCCAAGAGGACCGUGCUACCUGCAGACAAGGAUCAAUAUAUAUAUAUAUAUAUAUAUAUAUAUAUAUAUAUUCUAAUUUUAAGAUAUAAAGCUGCUUAUAUUGUCAUCAUUACAUAGUAUCUUAAUAAAUGCUCUCAGUAUUAUUCACUAGUUUUGGAAUCUCACCGACCCCAGCAUGUACAGGCUGUCUGAGAGUAAUAGGAGUGUUAUUGCUGUCAGCAUGUUCAGUUAAUGUCAGAUUUGUGUAGAAAUUGUGCUGGUUUUUCAAAACUAUAAACGCACAGAAUAUUGGCACCAGUUAUCGUCAAUCGACACGAAACGAUAAUCUGUAUUGACUCUGGGGAAAAUGAUUUUGGUAGAACCCUAAUAAGAACAACAAUUUUUUUUUUUUUUUUUUUUAGAUUUUUAGAUGGCAGUUUAACAUAUUAAAAACAGCCGAGCCGAGUCCUAAGAGGUGGCUGAUAAGGAGGCCUAUCUUAGGUGGAACAGUAUUCUGGGUGCAGCUAAGAAAUGCUCCCCAUAUCUUGGGAAACAGAGCUGUUAACCAGCUGAUGCUUUUUAGAUUUCUUCUGACAUGGUCCAGCACCAAGAAUUGUCAGAGGUGCCGGAGUGAUCGCUACAGAAGCACCCAUCACAGAGCUCUUGCAAGAUAUGUCUGUCAUGUAUAGGUUCUGUCUCCACUCUCUUAUAUACCUUCUUUAUUGUUUUGCAGGACAGAGAUGGCUUUAUUUUGAUGUAAUAUAUAAAACUUCUGAAAGUGAGGAUUGGCCUAUGUUGUAUAAUGGGGCAUUACAGCAGCUCACACAUUUACAUUAAUGAAUAAAGGCAUACCAUUUCCAAAUGUGGACACCAUCUGGUCACUCACAUAUCAGCUAUAAUCUGAAUGCUAAACCUUACCAUAGCCCUAAACACUAAUUUUAUUUAUAAACUCAUCCCUAAACAUUAAUUGAAAGCAUAACUCUAAACAGUAAUAAGCCCUAACGAAACCUAAACACUAACCCCAACAACAGAACCUUAACCAUGAAUACUAAUUGUAACAAAGUAAACUGUAUAAAAACAAAGUAAAGUGUGCAGAAACCCUUAAAAUGACAUAAAACACAUCAGCUCUAAACAACUGUGUGGGGUUAAUCUUAAUCUCCUCACCAGUACAAUCAAGUAAGGGAACAAUAGUAGCAGUGGAGUGCUAAAGCAGGGGUUAUCUUAUGCUUACAGACACAGUGUCGUAUAAAAGGUAUUAGAGCAGCACAUGUUAAAAAUAUAAACAAACAAUAUAUAGUGCAGAUGGUCUAGAGACACAUGGAGGGUAAAGUGCAGAUAAAUAGAAGCACUCACAUGGAGUAGAGCCUGAUGAAUUUAGGACUCAAUAUAUGCACAUGUUUGUCUUUUGAAGGUAGCAACACACCUUUCUUUCUUAGGAUAGCGUCACUUAAUAUCGAGAACAAACAGGAUACGAUAACAGUGCAGCUUGUACAGCCAAAAUCUGAUUUUAAUUUGCAAGCCCUAUACUUGACCCUGUAACUUUCCAAAACUCCAUAAAACCUGCACAUGGGGGACAUCAUUGUACUUGUGGGACAUCACAGCAUACAAAUGUGUUUUAUUGCAGUAAAAGCUAACAACAUUAUGAAAUUCACAGUUAAAUGCCAUGCGGAACUUGGAAAAUAACACAAUUCCCUAAUUCCUUACUCUUUAAAAUUAAUUCAUAUUAAAUUAUGGUUCAUAUACAAAUAUGGUAUGUGAAGAUAAAGCCCUGUUUCUCCUGAACAAAAUGAUAUAUAAGUGUGGGUGCAUUUAAUAUGAAAGAGAUGAAUCAUGCUUGUAGCUCAAAUUCUAGGUUUUGUUUUAUUUUGGUCAAAACUUGUACAAUUAGGGAUUAUUCUAGCUUUCAGUGAACGAAUAAUCUAAAUUUUAUUAAAGACAGGAGGCGAAUAUUUGCUUAUCUUUCUUUACUGUAACUCCCAGCAGCAAAGAAACAGUUAACCAUGUUGUAUGAAAAAUUCAACCAAUCACAACACAUCACAGGAACAAUAUAGUGCCAUCAGACUCCUCCCACUUUCUCUUUCUUGGUGAUGCCGGUCAGUAGCAGAGUCAACCAUGUAAACUGGAAACAUAUUCCGAGGCUUUAACUCGAAGUGAAGUCAACCAUGUAAAUGUGUAGUCGAUCGAAAUAACCUGAAGUCUUCACACUAAAAGAGAAGAGAGACUUCGUGAAAGUAUGGUCUCUUGGACAAGAGAAAAAAAUAUAAUUACACCCCCUAUUUCUAACGAUAGCUCAGAUUAUCUGGCAGAGUUAAAAAAGGACAUGUUGGUACAAUGUGAUGUAGGAUCAUAUCUACUAGUCUAACAAAUCGUAUACCUGCAAUUUAAGGUGCAAGAGAAUGUACCAUACAAUAAGCAUGGACCAGGAGACUUACCUUGAGGGUGGGUUCCAGAGUGAACGAAGGGAGGGAAAAUAUUCGCCUCCUGUCUUUAAUAAAAUUUAGAUUAUUCGUUCACUGAAAGCUAGAAUAAUCCCUAGUUUUAUGGCAAGACAGGAGGCUUCAUAUUUGCUGUUUUAACGCUCUUGAAUAAGGGAACAAGCCGCAUGUGGUGUUGGUUUAAAAUAAAAGGUUCGAAAGGUAGAUUCCCUUGACCAAUCUGCGCAGGAUAAAAUAUCCGCCAGUGAGCUGCCGGCGCGAAAGGCAGAGGAUGCGGCCGCUCCCCUAAUGGAGUGAGCUCCGAAUGAUCUAUCAAUUCCUGCCUGGGUAAGCAACCAUCUUAUCCAGCGAGCGAUAGUGGGGGAAGAGACCGGUUUGUGAGGUCUAACGUAAGAGAGGAAAAGAGGGCUGGUAGGAGAACGUAGAGCGGCAGUGUUCUCAGUGUAACAACGGGUACACAGAGCCACACAGAGAGCCGGUCUGUCGGGAAAGUACGGAUAAAAAACUGAUGAGGAAUUUGUCUUAGUGCGUCUAGUAAUGGUAAAUCUGACACCAUCUGGCGCGAAGGUGACAGCGUGUGAGUCAAAGGCUUGAACGUCAGAAACUCUGCGGAAGGACACCAUACACAGUAACAGGGCCAGUUUCGCAGAGAGUUGGCGAAGGGAUAAGGCCUCGUUAGGUGGCCAGGACUCCAACAGUGCGAAAACCUGAGAGAUAUCCCAGAAUUUAGAGUAUUUGGCAGAGGGUGGUCUUGUCAAACGAAUGCCGCGUAAUAGCCUGCACACUGAAGGGUGUUUUCCAACCAAGGAAUUGUCAAUAGUGUCAUGGGCUGCCAAAAUGGCGGAACGAAAAAUAUUAAACGAUCGGUAUGAUUUACCUUGAUCGAAAAGAGAUGAUAGGAAAUUUAGAAUGGAUGAAAGAGAUGCUGAAACGGGAUCGAGAUCCCUCUCCAGACACCAGCUGACUCAAACUCUCCAUGCAGAGAGAUAGGUUUGUCUGGUCCCUGGGGCCCACGAAUCCCACAGGAGUGUUUGAGCAGUGCAUGAAAGUCCUGUGACAUGCCAAGCUCCCCUAAAACUGUCCAGGCUACCAGCUGAAGAUGGUCUUGUAGGGCGAGCGGAUGGUAGUCGCCCGUUGGGUUCCUGAGGACCCGAAAUGAGCGAGGUAGGAGGAUGGGAUAGUCUGUUGAAAGUUCCAGGAGGGUGGGGAACCACGUCUGGGCCCUCCAUAGAUGAGUAAUUGUCACAAUCUUGACCCUUUGUGUCUUGACCCGGUGGAGGGUCCGUUGAAUCAUCAAGAAAGGAGGGAAGGCAUAGGCUCCGCUCCGUGGCCGAGGUUGGAGAAAGGCGUCGACUUCCAGAGACAGAGGGUCUGGUAACCAGCUGAAGAAGUCGUCUGUCUGACGAUUCAGCCGAGACGCGAAGAGGUCGAGUGUGAGGGGCCCCCGUAAUAGGUGCAUGUGGUGGAAUAGGAAAGGAUCUAAUUGCCAGUGACGUGAAAACCAGUCCGCGACUAAGUUGUCGGGUCCUGGGAGAUACUCUGCCCGAAUGGACAGAUUCCUGUCUAAGCAGAACUGAUACAGAUCAUUGGGGAGGUCUGACAGAAGUUUGGAUUUGGAACCUCCGAGUUGGUUUACAUACUGUACCGCGGAGAUGUUGUCCAUCCGAAGUACCAGAGAGCAGUUGGAGGCUUCCUUGGCAAAGCUGCGGAUCGCGAAGGAUCCGGCAAUGAGCUUGAGACAAUUUAUGUGGAGCGCCUGUUCUGAUGGGGACUAGAGACCCCCUGUGUAUGUUUGGGGCGUAAGUAGUACCCCAACCUAAGAGGCUGGCAUCGGAUUCCAGAAUAAAAUCUGGUUGAGAUCCGAAAAUCGCUUUCCCAUUCCAGGCUUCCAUAUUGCAAAGCCACCAGUGAAGUUCGAUGAGAACUUCGUCCGUCAGGAAAAUGAAUUGAUCGUAAGAGGUCGAGCGAUGCAAGUAGAAGGUUUUCAGCCAUUGCAUUGCUCUGUAGUGUAAUGGCCCUGGAAAAGUAGCCUGAAUUGAUGCGGAUAGGAGACCCAGAAUGUGUGCUAGGUCGCGGAGCUGAGGUCGUUGUGAACUGAGUAAUUUUUGAAUUUCUUUCUUUGUUUUUGAUUUUGGAAUAGAGCAGUUGUAGAGUUGCCUGAACCAAAUCUAUUUGGAAACCUAGAAACUGGACUAUCUGAGAUGGUUCCAGAUCUGAUUUCUGGCAAUUUAUGACAAAAUCCAGGUUUUGAAGGAGGGCAGAGGUCGUGUGUGUGUGUGUGUGUGUUUGCGAAGUAAUUGUUGGUCUUGGGCCAUAAUCAGGAUAUCGUCUAGAUAUAUGAUGGAACGUAUUCCCUGAGAACGGAGGAGUGCCAUCACCAGUUUCACUAACUUGGUGAAACACCAAGGGGCGGAGCAAAGUCCGAAAGGGAGGCAGGUGAACUGCCAAAUUUCGCCUUGCCAUAGGAAUUGGAGGAAGGCACGAUGAUUUGGUGCGAUUGGGAGCGUCAGGUAAGCAUCCUUGAGGUCGAAUCUGGAGAACCAGUCUCCCACGCAGAGCAGGUCUCUGAGAAGAUGGAUACCUUCCAUCUUGAAAUGACGGUAUAUUAUAAAGUGGUUCAAUGCUUUGAGGCUGAUAAUGGGACAGUGGUCUCCCGUCUUUUUCCGAACAAGAAAUAUGUUGCUGAGGAAGGUGCAAGGGAAAGGCGAAGGUUAGAUCGCCCCUUUGUGUAAUAGUUUCUGUAAUUCUGUGUUUAAGGUUAGAGUGUCUUCUUUUGACAUCUCGGAGGAGGAGAGUGUUGCACGGGGUGUGUGAAAGUCUAUUUUGAAACCUCUGACUGUAUGAAGGAUCCAGAGAUCCUGGGAAAGUAGUUUCCACUGUUGGAAAAAGAAUGUUAAUCGACCUGCGAUUGGUACAUGUUUCAAAUAAGCAAAGUCCAUUACCUGAAGCAGUGCGUCCGGGCAGGGAUGCAGAGCCACGUCCUCGUAUCGAGCCUCUGGUGUUGAAUAGCUGUCUGUGGUAGGGUCGUGUAUAUCCUGUGGACCAAUAAUCUGUGGGUCGGGGCCUGUAGCCUGUAAAGGCUGCUCUACUGGUAGCUCGGCCCCUGGAGCAACCAGCUGUCCCAGAAAAACGAUGUGUUUGGGAGCGGAAGACCCUACGUAGAGAGGACUGGGCUUUAUUGAGUGUGGUAAAGACCGAGACAUGCUUGGAGAGGUCUCGCAUGAAACUGUUACCGAAAAGUAGACCAUCGGCCUCUGGGCCUAGUUCCUUAGAACUCAAGUCUACCAAUUUGGCAUCGAUUUUAUAAAGUGCCGCUUUGCGCCUCUCAAUCGAAAUAGCCACAUUGGCGUUGCCCAAUAAGCACAGGGCUCUCUGCGCCCAUUCUCUGAUAAUGUGCGGAUCAAGUUCACCGCUAGUGAGUGCCUCAUCUGCUAAUAUAAAUAUUUGAAUUAUAGGACCUGAAAUGUCCAAUAGUUUGUCUUGGGCCAUUUUCACACCCUGCUCAAUACCUUUACGAGGGUCUUUACCAGAUUUCGUCAAGUAGGUGACAAGCAUGGGGUCGAAUUCAGGGGUAGAGGCAACUUCGCCUGGAAUACUUGGUCUCGGGCAUUCAGUUUAUUUCUUAUUUCCUUUUCGAGGGGCUUGCGAAGCCACAUUUUACAGAAGUUAGCAAUAUGGUCCGAGGGGGCCCAUUCUGCUGAGCGCGGGUGAUGAAUCAGCCUUGGGUCAAAAAAGGGAAGGCCCGAGGCAUCCAGGAGGGUGUCUGAGUCAGGCACUUUAGAUGGAGGGGUACCCUUGGAAUCCUGACCCGGGAAGGUUUCUUUUACGAACUCUGAUGCUGAGGAAUCCUGGGGCGCAUUCACCAUGGGAUCCUCAUCAGAGUAGUUGGGGUCAUAAUCACUUUAAAUAUGGCCAGUCAAAUGAGAAGUAGAACCCUCUAGAGGGUCUGUAGCAUCCUGCGUAAUGUAUGGGUGGGAAUGUUUAUAGACCUUUGCAGGAGCUUUGCCUUUGCCCGCAGUAGAGCUAUUCCCUUUCCAGGGUCUCUUGCGCGGGGCGCUGUCUUGGUCAGAGAGAUGGGAGUCCUCAGAAUCAGAGGGUUGUCGUGUAGAGGGAUGAACCUCUUUAGGAAUGGACUCCGCGAUAAUGGAGAAAAGCCAUUCCUUGAGUUCGGCAGAGAUCGUAGGGUCUUGGCGAUCUGACAUAAUGUCUGUCUCAAGAUAUAUGCAAACUAUGUAAACAAAUUAUAUACACAGAGUAUAAGUGUUAGGGUUGUCAAUUAAAGAUGAGGCAACUCAAUUAGAGUAUGUGAGAGGUGGGGGUCACCCACGAGAUGUCAAAAUAGUGGGGGUCACCCACAAAUGCUUGGCACAAUAAAUAUUAAAGGGCAAUUAAUAGAAGGUCACCCAAUAAUACAGAUGGUGAACAAUAUAGAUAUUGUAUAGUCAAUGAGGUGGGGGUCACCCACUAAAAAACACCAAUAAAAUAUAUAAAAUAUGUACAGUGAGAAAUGGGGGUCACCCACAAAAUAAACCAGGUGGUAUCAGCCACACAGAUAUUUUACACAGUAGUGUGUUCAGUAGGUGGUGGCAGCCACACAGAUAUUGUACACCGUUUGUGUUUUAAGUAUGUAAGUGGGGUUCACCCACAACAGGGAAAGAAUGGUCAGCCACACAAAGUUUGGCAAAGUAUGUUUAAUAGUUCAAUGUCAGCCACACUAUAAAUCAUACAAAUUGGGGAGAGGGGUUCACCCAGAUUGUAGCAGCUUGGUCCUGUGUGGAGCAAAGCCUGCAAAAAACAGAUGAGAAAUAGAUCAGUAUACAAGCUAGGCAACAGAUGUUCCCACAGGUUUGAAGAGUUCUUGCAUGCAGUAUUGCUAGUAGGAGCCGCGGGAAGACACACUGCGGUUGAAAAUGGCCGCUGCGAGAUCGCCGCCGUUGAAAGGGCUGGGAAAAAAACGCGUCACAAGGGAGACGUGAGUAGGCGGGAGGAGGGUAAAGGCGGGAAACGGCAGCCGCGGGCUCAUGGGAAAUGGAGUCCGUAGCUGAUGAGAGAAAUGAUAAUGGGCCGCGGCUCUUCCUCUGAGGAUAGAGCCGCGGCCAGCUGAAUGAAGAGAAGAUUUCGAAACCUCCGUUUAUGUUAACCCGGAGGGCGCCAAAAAUUAAAGGGGAAUAACCAAUUUGAAAAGUAUACAGUUAAAUGAAAAAGAAUAUAUGUGAAGAAAAAAGUGACAAAAUAUUUAAAGGGGAAACAACUAAUUUGAAAAUGAGUAUAUAUGUGUAGGAAAAAGGUGAUUUAAAUUAAAAUAAAGUUUGCUGAGGUGAAUUAGAUGUUUGCAAGUAACAAAACAUAUAAAUAAAAUAUAUAAUUAACUUAAACCCGUAAGGCAAUGUAAUUGGAGUAGACUCACCUGGGAGGCAAGCAGCAAAGAAAGAGGAAGUGGGAGGAGUCUGAUGGCACUAUAUUGUUCCUGUGAUGUGUUGUGAUUGGUUGAAUUUUUCAUGCAACAUUGUUAACUGUUUCUUUGCUGCUGGGAGUUACAGUAAAUAAAGAUAAGCAAAUAUGAAGCCUCCUGUCUUGCCAUAAAAUUGCCUCUGUCCUUAGGAGUUAUAAGUACAUCAGUAGAUGUUCAAUUACAGGUUUGUUUGUUUUUAUCUUCCAAUCCAAGAUAUCGCGGAGAAGGAAUAGUCGAAGAAACUCCAGAAAGAAUAAUUCCUUUUCUCUAUCUACCGGAGUACAGAUCCAAGUGGGACAAAGCACUGGAAUCGUACAGUAUAGUGGAACAAGUUAACAAGGUGAUUCUUCUAACAUCCCAUCAUGUCGUAUGCAGGACAGCAUUGUCUGUUGUACAGAAAGAGUAUAUGUCAUCUAAUAAGGAAAGUCAAAGGUAACCAGAUAAUUAGGUCUUAUAGUUUUGAGAAUUUACCUAUGGAUGCACAGGUGUUGAAAUGUAAAUGACUUUGCUUAAAUGUUUUAGCCACGUUCUAAAACAAGAACAAUCGAUGUGGAAACCAAUGGAAUCUCAAGUGAUUGCUCUACAUUUAAAACUUUAACUAGGACUGCUUAGCAGAUACGUAGUGGUUAUCUAUAAUGAGUGUUUGUUUGUUUUUAAAACACUCUGAGCUCAAUUUGAUUUGACGCAACAAUAGAGCCAGUAUGAUACUAAUGAUAAAUUAUACUAAUGAUAAACACUGAAUAUUUAUCUGUAUAAGGACUACAUGUCUUUCGAAAUCUAAUUAGUCAAACUGGUUUGCCACUCUUUCAGACAUUAUUUCACCUCUCUGCUCUGAAGAGCAUUUAUUUAACACAAGCAUGACAUCAUCUUUAAAAAAGAAAACAAAAAAACCCAUAACUAAAGAGAUUAAGACUAAUUGCCUGUAAACACAUUUACAAACUCAACUGCUCUACCAAGGAUGAAGGCUGUGUCUCCGGUGUUUUAUUUAAACACAGUAUAGCUCUAGAUGAUUUUAAUUUAUUUCAUACUGUAACCCCAAGCAAUAAUAUCAAAGAGAUGUUCAUUGCCACCAUUCCUCAACAAGUAAGAGCACUUAUCUUUACCUUUUCUUGAAUAUUGUGUUAAAGGGAUGUGUUAUAAAAGUCAAGGAUAUACUGCUGAGUUUCUUUAAACUGUGAGAUGUGCUGAGUUGACCUAUUAGUUGCAAAACAUUGCACGAAUGUUUGCAUACCAGAUGAAAAAGAAACGUACUGUUUAAUGAAUAAACCAAAAAAUGUGUUCUGCUUGAUGUCAUUGGGCUCAUACAUUUUUUAUUUUAAAGGACACUUUCAUCAGCCAAAGUUUGACCCACAGUUAUGGAAUGGGUCUAAUAUCUCCAAGGGAAUUUAUUGAUCUGAUACAUGUCAAGCGAUAUGAUGGAGGAGUCAUCACCACCAACUGUAAGUUGACACUAACAACCAAUGUUUUGCACAUCUUACUUUUUUCCUAAAAUGAUGCUAUCCUAUUGGGCUGUCUUUCCAUGGCUUUUGGAUUAUCCUUCUCUGCUUUGAAUGUUUUGCACCUGCUCUGUCAUAAUAUAGACACACUUUGGGCUUCAAGAACAGCAAACCUGACAAGCAUGUUCUUCUGUCCUGCUAUUUUUUUCAAUGGCAUACUCUCUACAUAUAGUAUAAUUAGUACAUGCAAAGCUACCAUCAUAACACUGGGGACCUAUUAUAAAUGACUGCAGACUGCCUAUCCCCAUUCUGCAUACACCAGGGCUGGGCUAGGAAUUGGCGAAUGGAAAUUUUUAUAUGGAGUGUCACAGUGGGGGUUUAUUCACUAAACUCCAACUUGUAGUAAAUUCAAAUUAUGAUGGCAAACACGAUGGCAAACACGAUGGCAAACAUAAAGGCAAACCUUUAUUUUGCACUUGGAUUUUAUUUUAUUUUUUAAAUUCUUUAUUUAUUCCAAGACAAGACACCACAUGAAAUCAUACAUUACAACAGGGUUAUAAAUAGAAUUCUGAAGACAUAUCCAAGUUCGCACGAGGUGAACAAGCGUGCGUUUUUAUAGAAACAAACUUCAACAUAGUGCAGCAGACUGUUGUGUGUCAACUGCUGUAGUCUGUACAUCAGUGGUGCCCCGCCAGGUUUUUUGAUAAAGGGUUAAAAAGUGAGAAGCUGACCAACCAUUGUGAGCAGGACCCUAACAUCCAGUGCCUAGAUUUGUCGACCUAUAGAGUGCUCUGGUGGGAUCGUAGCAAUCGAGAUAACUAACUCAGCUUUUAGUGUUACCAGUUUAAUGGUAUUACCUCCUGUGACUCAUCAUAUGAAAGGUAAUGCCCUCGCAAUUGUUAUGGUCGAAAUGUAAGUGUCGGUCAGAAUAGAGAAGAAAGUAGUGUUAGGAGUGAUAGAAGUAUGCAUUUGGAUUUUAAGGAGAAAAACCCACCACACCAUUCUUCCAGAAGCUAGCACAUAUAUUUUGUGUGAUGAGCAGAGGAUGACAUGAAAGUGGAAAUAAAAACAAAAGUGAAAAAUGGGGUCUAUUUUCUUUUUUUCCUACUUACCUUAGUCAGACCUGUGUAUUACCUGCACUCUCAUGACACAUUAACUUUGUAUCACAACUAUUCUAUCAGCGUUAUUCACUAAAGUGAGAAUUCAAAGUUAAGGUCAAAAUAACCGAACUGAAAAAAUUCCAGGUUGGCUAUUUUGGCUUUACAUUUGAAAUUCACUUGGAAUUCUCACUUUAGUCAUGUAUCAUUUCUCUCAGAAAUGCUUUAGACUUGAGAAAAUGUAGCUCUCCCACAAUCUUGUCAUCCAAAAUUCUGUUAAUCCAAUAAAAAAGGUUUUACAAAAGGGGUGCCCAAAAGGUAGAUGUGUUGAACUACAACUCCCAUGAUGUAUGCAUGCCUUUAGAAUGACAAAGCAUCAUGGAAGUUGUAAUUUUAGAAUGUCUGGGAUCUACCUUUUGGGCACACUUGUUUUACAUUUGCGUCACUGGACUAAUACAGCUACACUCUCUACAUCCAUCUCACUUACAGACAAUGUCGCUGACAUAGACAAGAUCCCCGAAACACACAGAUAAGCUCAGUGACGUAGACACAAAAUUAGUACAGACAAACUCUCUGACACACACUUAUUAAAGACAAACUCAUUGGUAUACACAGACAAAAUCUCUGACACACACGCUUACUAAAGACCAAACAUAUUGGUAUACACAGCCAAGGUUUCUGAUACACAUACAAGAUCAGGGCCUGGGAUGGCGGACUCGCGCAGCACUGGAAAUAAUGUAAGUUUUAUUACCUUUUAAGGAGGUUAAGAGGGGGCAUGUGACCUAAAUGGUGUUUUUAACACUUUAGGGUCAGUAAUACAUGUUUGUGUUCCUGACCCUAUAGUGUUCCUAAUAUAGCGACAGAGAAGCUUUUGUAAAACAAACAGUCCUUCAUGACAUUGUGGAUAGCAAAUGUAUAUGUUUUACGGUAUCUUGGUUGAAUCCUGUUUUUAUUUAAUUCUUUUUAAAUUGAACAGCUAUAAGUGUGGAAUGCGCAAAAUGCCCACCAUCUACCUCAUAUGUACGUGGUUAUAAUAAUCCAUGUGGAUACAUUUGUUCGCCCUUACCUGAGUAAGUAGAAGAAAGAAGGGAAACAUUGUUUCAAUUUAUAUUAAAUUUGUCAUAUAUAUAUUUUUUUUUUAUUUCAAUAGAUUGUUCGUAGCAAUGCUGCCAUAUAAGUACAGGUAGCCACUUCUACAAUUUUAUGUUUUGUAUAGUGUAGAAAAAAAUGUGAGUAUAUAUUUCUAUAUUUUUGCACUUAUUUAAUUUCUUUCUGUAUCCUGCUUUAUAAAAGAAAAAAAACUACACUUGGACAUAACUGUCACUUUAAGAUAUUACCUGUUCACAACAGUAGUCCAGUGAUAAUUUGGGCUGCAUGAACAACUUGAGAUUAUAGAGGAAACACAAAAUAUUGUCACUUAAUUAUUAGUCUUGGAUACUCACGCAAAAUAAUGAAGCCACAUGGACACAGUUUAUAUGCACUGCUAUCACCCAACUGAAGCAAAUGUAUAUGGUCAUACUUUAUAUAUCAUCAUUUCUUGACAACGAAAUUCAUAAAUGUUAGAUACAUUAUAAAGGUUAUUAUAAAACUUUAUUUUAUAGGCAGGAAAAAUACAGCAUAUAAGAGCCUGUCUUCACAUUUACAAUCUAAACUGGAAUAUUAUAUAAUCUGUUUGGAGCAGGGUACAAGGUCAGCUGUAAAGGUCCAUGGCUUUCACAGAAAACGGAGGCUGUGACUGUGCUGGAGGUUACUGCACUUUAAUCAGCCAUAUGAAGAUUAUGAUUUUGCUAAUAGUUAUAAAGCUGUUUGGUAUAACUAUGCAAACUUUGUCUACUAUAUCAGAUUUUAAUGCUUAAAGGGAUACUGUAGUGCUAGGAAUACAAAGUUGUAUCCCUAGCACUGUAGCUCCCUGUGCCCCACCCAUCCCUGGCGCCCCAUCCCCCUCCCGCACUGUAAAGGUUAAAACACCCUUGCUGUGCUCACCCGACUCCAUCGCCAGUCUCCCUCUGUGCUGGGUCUGUGCUCCGUCUCCUACAAUGCCACCUGACACGGGGGCUAAUGCGCCUGCGUGGUGAGCGCUGUGAGUACAUAAGGCCCUACCCAUAGGAAAGCAUUGCUUUCCUAUGGGGAUUAUACGGAUACUGGAUGUCCUCAUGUAGACAAAAAGUCGCCUUGCUACCAGGAAGUGCCUCUAGUGGCUAUCUGAUCUACAGCCACUAGAGGCAGUCUUAACCUUGCAAUGUUAUUAUUGCAGUUUCCAAGAUUACGGGACAGGGACAUUGCACCCAUACCACUACAAUGAGAUGAAGUGGUUUGGGUGCCUAUAGUGUUCCUUUUAACUUAGAGAUCUGUUUACUAAACCCCAAGAUGCAGUUUAGCUGAUGAUCAAUUUACAAUUUGUAGGUUAAAACAGUAGAGCUAGAGCAAGACACAUAUACUGAUCAGCCACAACAUUAAAACAACCUGCCUAAUAUAAUGUAGGCCCAUUCAAUGUUGCCAAAACAGCUCUUGCAUCAUGGCAUGGACUCCACCAGACCUCUGAACAUGUCCUGUGGUGUCUGGCACCAAGACAUUAGAAGCAGAUGAUUUAAGUCCUGCAAGUUGCAAGGUGAGGCCUCAAUGGAUCGGAUUUGCUGUUCCAACACGCCACAAAUGGGGAAUUUAGAGUCUGAGGUAGCACCUUGAACUCUCUGUCAUGUUCCUGCUGAAAUCCUGCUGAAAUAACCCACUGCCAUCAGGAAACACCAGUGCCAUGAAGGAGUGUACGUGGUCUGCAACAAUCUCUAGGUAGGUGGUACAUGUCAAAAUAACAUGUACCCAAGGAUUCCCAACAGCACAUUGCUCAGAGCACAAAGCUGCUUCCACCGACCAUACUUUCUUCCCAUAGUGCAUCCUGCAGCCAUCUCUUCCCCAGGUAAAUAAAAAAGGGCACGCACCCAGCCAGCUACCUGACGAAAGAAAAUGUGAUUGAUCAGACCAGACAACCUUCUUCCAUUGCUCCAUGGUUCCAUUGAAGGCAUUUUCGAUGGUGAACAGGAUUUCAGGAACAUCGGCCUUCUGACCAGUCUGUGGCUAUGCAGCCCUAUUCACAGCAAACUGCGACGCGCUGUGUGUUUCAACACUUUUCUAUAAUAACUAAAAUAAACACAAGUCGUGCGUUUGAGCGUAGACUUGAAAAGACACUAGAGGGCACCCAGAGUAAAAUAAUAAUUACCAAUCCAGAAGGUAAAGGUUUUAGUUAUGCUAGACACCAUAAAAUAUCAAAAAGAAAUAAAGGGGUUAAAUCCAAAUAACAUGAUUUAUUUCAUAUUUGCACACUCAAACAGAUACAAAUAGAAUACAAUAUAUAGAUAUAAUAGCAGUGCCAACCAAAUCCGAAACCUUGCACUAUAGUAGGUAAAAAAAGAAAUAACCCACUGGUUGCGACUUCUGCUACUGUAUAUACACUGCAAUAAAAAUGGUGAUCGUAAGGUCUUGGCAUAACUGCAAGUCGCUUAACGCAUUUUGUACCAUUGUGGUCGGGACUUCUUCAGGAGUCAAAUUGCAACUGUAUCCUCCGAAGAAAAGAAAACUAUUACAAACUGUGUUUUUUCUACUUCAGUUUUCUAAAUAAAGAGGAUAAGAGAAACAUGCUGCCUUUUGACUUUGGAUACAGUUUUCAAUUUGACUUACGACCAACAUUUUUAUUGCACUUUAAGGUAUAUAAUAGCCCCCAGGAGCCGCGACCAGUUGGGUUUUCUUGCAUCUUUUUUACCUUCUGUAGUGCAAGAUUUUGGACUUCGUUGGCACUGUAAUGUGAUGUGAUUGAGUGUGUAAAUAUGAAAUAAAGUGUUAUUUGGAUUUAGCCACUUUAUUUCUUUUUGAUAUUUUAUGGUUCACAAUGGUAGAAAAGUGGAUCACAAAAAACAAACACUGACAAAACUGUCACAAUGAUCUUUGGAACAGUACCUAAAUAACACAAUUCCCAUCUAUGCAUCAAAACAAAAUCAGACAGCACAAUGACCACCAUCCACUCUUUCAAAUACUUGGGUAUGUUGUUAGACCCCAAUCUAUCUUUUGGCCUCCACAUAGAAAAACUUGCAUCUAAACUUUUUCCAAAACUAGGUGCCCUGUACAGAAACAAAUUCUGCCUAAGCCCUACAGAAAAGGUAAAAAUUGUACAGCAAAUGCUGAUGCCAAUCAUUGAUUAUGGGGAUGUAGUAUAUGCAUCUGCACUGCAAUCCCACAUUAAUAAGCUUAAUACAUCGUACAACUCGUUCUGUUGCUUUUUUGCUACAAUGUAAGUACAGGACCCACCAUUGUGACAUGCUAAAAGAACUAAACUGUCUGUCGCUGGAAUCCAAACACUUUAUCUUGUGUUUAAGAGCUUUUCUGGGGAAACUCCCACCCUACCUGAGCAGAAUGCUCUCCCUGGCUGUUCCCACCUCUUAUAACCUCCUAGUACCAGCACUUUAAUUAGUCUACCUCAAUACAAAAAGAAAGCAUCCUGAUCCUCCUUUUCCAACAGAGCGCCGCAACUGUGGAACGACCUCCAGCACACUUUCUCAAAACAUAUCUCAAAACAGAAUGUACCUGUCAUGGCUGAUUAUAUAUUUCCUACCUGUUCUAUGUUAAAUUUUGUAUAUAUUGUUUUUGUAUUUUAUUGUACCCUAUUGUAUCAAUGCAAUGAUUUGUGGACCCAGGACAUACUUUAAAACAAGAGAAAUCUCAAUGUAUCUUUCCUGGUAAAAUAUUUUUAUAAAUAAAUAACUAAAGCCUCCAACUUCUAGAUUGGUAAUUAUUAUUUUACUCUGGGUUUCUAGCGCCCUCUAGUGUCUGUUCAAGCCUAGGCUUGAAAAACUCACAACUUGUGUUUGUUUCUAGAUUAAGCACACUGUGCAAUACAGGAACCUAAAACAUAUAGAUUCUUUUUCAGAAAGUGUUUAACCCCUUCACGACCGAGGACGGUCCUGAACCGUCCUAACGGUCAGAGGUACUUACCUGAUCGCCGUCGUUCCCCCGGCGGCGAUCAGCGUGGCUCCGGUUGUGGGGAGACUGCCUGCAGCCCAGACAGUCUCCCCAUGGCGGAUUAGGACCCCUGUGGCCAUGUGAUCGCUUAACACAGCGAUCACAUGGUCACAAUAGGUGUCCAUUUGUCUGCCUGCAGGGGGACUGCCUGUGCUGACAGGCAGUCUCCCUGCUAGUGUAAAAUCAAAAAAUAAAAUAAAGUUAGUGUUAAUAAAAAAAAAAAAUAAUUAUAUAUGUGUAUAUAUGAUAUAUAGACAUAUAUAUAAUGUCAUACUAAGUGUAUUUUUAUAUUAAUAUGUACUUAUAUUAAUAUAAAAAUACACUUAUAAUUAAAUUACACACGUGUAUAUAUAUAAUAUAUAUAAUAACUAUAUAUAUUGUAUAUAUAUUAUUAUAAAAUAUAAAUAAUAAGUAAUUUAAAUUAAAUAAAAAUUUUUUUAAAUAAUAAUAAAUUUUUUUUAAAUUAUAUAGCUAUAUGAAAUUUUAUUCUAACUGUAUUUUAAAAUUAAUAUAUAUAUAUUUAUAUCAAAAUACACUUAGAAUGAAUUUGUAUAUAUAUCUAUGUAUAUAAAAAUAAAUAAAAAUAAUAAGAAAUAUACAUAUGUCCAUAUACAAAAUUACAUAAAUAAUUAUAUAAAUAUACACGUAGACUUCAAAUAUAUAAAUAUGCAUAUAUAUUUAUAUUCUACGUGCGUAUUUAUCUAAUAUUUUUACAUAAUUCAGUAAUUUUAUUGAUUGCAAUUUGAGGGACCUGCCUGCCAACCCAGGCCGAAAUUCCAGAGAAUUUAAUUUGCUAGCACUGUAUUUUACCCUGUAACGUUCUACGACACCCUAAAACCUGUACAUGGGAGGUACUGUUUUACUCGGGAGACUUCGCUGAACACAAAUAUUAGUGAUUCAAAACAGUAAAACAUAUCACAGUGAUGAUAUUGUCAGUGAAAGUUACUUUUUUUGCAUUUUUCACACACAAACAGCACUUUUACUGAUGAUAUAAUUGUUGCGAUACGUUUUCCAGUUUUAAACACUAAUAUUUGUGUUCAGCGAUGUCUCCCGAGUAAAACAGUACCCCCCAUGUACAGGUUUUAUAGCAUUUUUGAAAGUUACAAGGUCAAAUAUAUGGGUCAAAUAUUUUUACAUUGAAAAUGGCCAGGUUGGUUACGUUGCCUUUGAGAGCGUAUGGUAGCCCAGGAAUGAGAAUUACCCCCGUGAUGGCAUACCAUUUGCAAAAGAAGACAACCCAAGGUAUUGCAAAUGGGGUAUGUCAAGUCUUUUUUAGUAACCACUUGGUCACAAACACUGGCCAAAAUUAGCGUUCAAUUUAGUUUUUUUACUUUUUUCACACACAAAUAUGAAUGCUUACUUUGGCCAGUGUUUUCGACUAAGUGGCUACUAAAAAAGACUGGACAUACCCCAUAUUGAAUACCCUGGGUUGUCUACUUUAAAAAAUAUGUACAUGUGGGGUGUUAUUAAGAUAUGUAUGACAGAUAAUAGUGUUACAAUGUCACUAUUGAUACAUUUUAAAAAUGUAUGUUUUGAAACCACAAUAUCCUACUUGUACCUAUAGCCCUAUAACAUGCAAAAAAAAAGCAAAAAAGCACGUAAACACAGGGUAUUUUUAAACUCAGGACAAAAUUUUGAAUCUAUUUAGCAGUUUUUUUCAUUCGCUUUUGUAGAUGAGUAAAAGAUUUUUCAAGUAAAAGUAAAAAAAAUUUAUUUUUUUUCAAUUUUUAUUUUUUUAAUAUAUUUUUUUUUUCAAUAUUUUUUUUUUAAAUUAAAAUACAUGAGUUUAUAUAAAUAAUGGUAUGUAAAGAAAGCCCCCUUUGUCCUGAAAAAAACAAUAUAUAAUUUGUAUGGGAACAGUAAAUGAGAAAGCGGAAAAUUACAGCCAAACACAAACACCACAAAAGUGUAAAAAUAUGCCUGGUCGCAAAUGUACAACAUCGCAAAAAAGGUCCAAUCCUUAAGGGGUUAAGAAGACCUUGCAAGUGAUAUGCAGGUGUGACUAGGGCUGUAUAAACAAAUUGAUUGCACUCCUAAAUGGCAAAAAACGUAGCAGUGAUACUGCAGGGCCAUGAUCUAUACACCAAAACUGCUUCAUUAAGCUAAAGUAGUUUUGGUGCCUAUAGUGUCCCUUUAAUAUGAGAGUACAUUUUUCAGCAUAAUAUUUUAUUCUUAUUUCUUAUUUUAGUUGUUUAUUUGUACGUUAUUUUUAUUUGGGGUUAGAAAGGCACAUGUGUUUCUUUUAUUUAUGAAUUCUAGGCAGAUAUUUCUUAAGGAAACACUUGAAGCACCACAACUAGUACAUCGUGCAGUAAUGAUAAAGGUGCCCUGGUGCCUCCCCCAAUGUAAUAGUUAAUUUAGCUGGGGUCCCACAGAUGCCUAUCACUUUUUUCAUGGAGAGCUAGAAUUUAGCUCUCCUGAACAAAGCUCUGCUGUGCAGUCAGCAGGGUCAGAGUGUCUGCUGACUGUGCUCAGCCAAUGAGCUAAACCUUGCACCAACAGGCUUAGCUCAGUGGAGAGAGCUUCAGGUUGUCAUAGUAGCAGUGACCGGUGUCUAGCAGACCCCAUGUACGAAAUCAAACCAUUAGCAAACAACUAAACUAGUAAGAUUGGGUGGGGUCUAUAACCACUACAGUGUGUGUAGUGGUUGUAACUAGUGAUGUCCCGAACGGUUCGCCACGAACGGUUCACCACGGACUCAUCAUUGAGUAAACUUUGAUCCUGUACCUCACAGUCAGCAGACACAUUCCAGCCAAUCAGCAGCAGACCCUCCCUCCCAGACCCUCCCACCUCCUGGACAGCUCACUAAGAAUGCAGCUUCACAAUGAAUGUAAAAUUGAUGCUGUCCAGGAGCUGGGAGGGUCUGGGAGGGAGGGUCUGCUGCUGAUUGGCUGGAAUGUGUCUGCUGACUGUGAGGUACAGGGUCAAAGUUUACUCAAUGAUGAGUCCGCGGCGAACCAUUCGGCGAACCGUGCGGGACAUCACUAGUUGUAACGGCUACCCAGGUAGUAAGAGGGUAUCAGCCGUUGGAGACGUCCUUUUCUUCCCGGCAAGUUGCUGUAUAGUAGUGGAGUCGCUUAUUCCCAUCCACUGGAUCCAAGGCAGGAGUCAGGUAGAGCUCUUAAAAGAGCUAAGUGAUUAAGCUGCAUAUCCCCUUUCAAUAACGAGACAAGGCUAAGUUUUGAAGGGUCAAGAAGACUGAAUUUUAAUGGCAGGUACUCUCCUUUUAUGUGAUUCUGCCCAUGCAAGGGAGACACCCACAUAAUUAACACAACAACCAAUAAAACAUAAGGUACAUCCCACACAUCUCCUCCCCUCAGAUAAGCUUGUAACCCAAUUAACAAAGACACAUUUUUCCCCAAGUUUUGGAUGUACCCCAAAUACUUGGGGUACAUGCAUAAAUCCGGAUAGCCCUAUUCUGGGGGACCAACAUAUUAAGAAAUCAGCUCAUUCGGUUCAGUGGUUCGGGAGAUAUGGAACUUUAACGUUUUGACCGACCGCACAGGCAAAGUGGCCGAAAAUAGUUCCAUGAGUUUUGGCCUUGCGGUCGGUCUUUGUUCGCGUGUUAAAAGUCACGAAAGGCUUGCCAUCCGUGCGUAACUCGACGUUCGCCAGAAUCCCCAUAUACUACUAAGUCUUUCUACCGAACGGCAGGGUGUUCGGUAGUUUUGGCACGAAUUCCCGGUGCUAUGGAGGUCUCAGCGGUGUUCGCCUACUCGAGUGUCCGAUUUUAGUUCUAGACACUCGACGUCAAAACACCGCUGUUCGGGAGUUAAGAUGGCCGCGAACAUGUGUAAAAGUCCCGAAAUGGCGGCCACCCAGGCAUUUCACAAAGCGUUCGUGGGUUUCCUAUGCAGACUGUAUUUGCAGAUCAUGGAGGUAAAUUACCCAUAAUUAGGUAGCAGGGUGGUCCGGUGUUCGGUAGUUUACAUUCGUAUGAUGAAUGCUUUAAAAGUCCCGAACUGCUGUAUAGCAAAAUCCCCACGAAAGCAGGUAAGGAUCUUCAAUUUGUUACAGUGGUUAUGGUGCUUGGAGUAUUACUUUAAUGGGACUUAUUCACUAAAAGGAAAUUGUGGAGGAUUGACAACUAAGCUGAAACUUAGAAGCCAUAACAGUGCGUGAUAUUGUUUCUAAUUCUACUAUUUCAGCCUAAAUUAUAAACUUGGUAUUCAACGGUCCGCAGCUUACUUUGGUAUUGAAUAGAAACCAAUAUGUUAAUCAAAAUAUGACCAUGGACUAGCAUUAUAUAUUAAGAGCAAUUCUGGGCCCAAAUGUUUAUUGUCAAGCAGUAACCAUGGGAACAAGUCAAAUGUUUACUUUUAAUGUUUACUUACUUUACAGCAUUAUCCAUUAUUUUAUUUAUAGCUCUCCUUUUUAGUGUUACAACUUGCAUUUUACUCAUAAAUAGCCAUUACAUUACAAAAACUAACAAAAUAUUUUUUUUUUCAGAAAUCCAGCUCAUUGCAAAUUUGUGGUUUUCAUUCAACCUGAACUUGGUGGUUUGCUUCCUCGUUCUGUGGUGGAGUCUGCUCUUCCGAACAAUGUAGUUGGUCUUGUCAAUGAUGUGAGGAUUGGUUUGAAAAAGUAUUUACCAUAAAUAUAACAAUUCUCUUUUGGUGGCUUUUCCCUUGUGACUGAAAAACACUGCAAGUUGGACAAGCCAUGCUGCCCAAAUAUUGUGUUUCAUUACGAGAGAUUGCCAAUUUGUCUAGUAAAUUGAAAAUUCCAAAGCAAGUUACAUAUAUUUAGAACACAAUUCUAAAAUAACCACAUAGACCUCAGAAUGCAUGCCCCAAAAUAAAAAACUGGUAAUAUUGUGUUAUUUCCUUAGAAAUGUUCUCAUCUUGCAAUUUAAUUUACAAAAUAACAAAAUUAUGCCAAGAUCAGUCUGAAAGUCAAGAAUGAAAACAAAUGCAUUCUUCUAAAUUAAAAAUGAACUUAGUCAGGCAAUACAGGAUAAUUGUACAUUAGUCGAGACAUCAUAAGAGCUGUGUCUAGUUUGUGUUAAGCUACCUAUUUGUAUUGCAUCAGUGGUAGUGUCCUCUGCGCAUUAUUUCUUGUGAUGGAGUUUUUUCUAAACCAGUCGUUAAACCACUGUUCUAAUGCAUGAUUUUGAUGGCCAUUGUGCAGUACUUGAACCCAAAUUUUAGCAACACAGGUGCCUGAAAUUAGUAAACAUUAAGCUUUUUGACACCUUUUUAAAGCUGCACUGUCACAAUUUAUGAAAUACACAUUUUGGCUUUGUUGGAAUUUCAUUGAAAUUCCAACAAAGUCAAAAGAUAUACAGAGGUAGGGACUACAUUUUUCUCUGUAUAUUUCCUACACCUGAAAUGUCUACACACUGGGCGGAGCUAUCACUAUCUAGAAGUGUCAAUCCCCCCUGAUGGCUGCUUGGAAUUGGCUCUGUCUAUGAAUACGACCUUGCGGGAUCCUCGGAUCUCAAUGCUGUAUUCUCACAUAUGCACAAGAGUAGAACAGUGACAUUGGCUCCUGGCACUUCUGAAGAGGACCCUCCAGAAGAAGAUGGCAGAGCCCAUGGUGGAAAGGUUCAAGUAAGUAGAACUCAUUGCUGCUUGCCCCCCUGGCCACUGGACCCCCAGCAGAGAUGUCAUUGUUGGGGGAUUUGCAAAUUCGGCAAAGGCCCCAGACAGUGACAGUGCUGCUUUAAUUGAAAUCUGUCCUGAGCUUAAUUUAUGGCUAGUUGCAGCUGCCAUGUUGAGAUAGAACUCCUACAAAUCUCAUGCAAAGUGGAAAAGUAUAUCGUGGUGAUUUCCUUUUGAGGAGUCAUGACAGUAACACUUCCAGUAACCAUUAUUAGUCCUAAGAUUAAAACAAACAUUUGCAAUAUAAAAAGGUACAUAAUGCAUAAGUGUAUUUUAGUGGAAAACAAGUGCAACUCUGGGCUCUGUAGACUUUCACUGACCACUCGACCUUCAAUGUCGUUGUCUAUUAAAAUCUCUUCAGAACCCAUCCACGCCAAUAUUUCCUUUUUAAAGGAACUAUCCCAGCAUUACAACCAUUUUAGUGCACUGUAGUGACGAUGGUGACCGGAGUGCCCUGGCACCCUAUCUCCAUUUUUCAACUGUUUGACCUGGGUUCUGUCAAGUGCCGCAAUCCAUCUCCACUGCAGCCAGGAGCUUUUGGGCUUAGCUCAGGAUGGCUAAUAGAAGCUGCUAGCAGGAGCUUAUGGGUCUUCUAUACUGCAGUGGAGGAGAUGAGCAACAGUUCAAAGUUCAAAUAUUUGAUUCACGUUCUCUAUAAGUGAAGGAAAAACAGCAUAUUUCAGCUGUGCAUCAUAAGUACUGAAUCCCUACUGACUUAAGUGGAGAACCCGCAGAAAUAAAUAGGUGCUCACUCCAGUAGGAUCUUUUAGCAGCUUGGACAAAAAUGAAUUUCUGCAACUUGUGCCUAGUUGCCUCACACACACCAUUAAAAAAGGAAUCAAUUUAUUGUAUUAGGACACGUGUGUCAUAGUCUGUCAUGUAUAGUCAUGCAUGUGUUUUCUGUUGUUGACCUGAAAUCCUUUGCUAUAAGGCUGUAAUGUCCACAUAUUCAAUAAAACUUUGGGAGGCUGAUCGCCAUGGAAAAUGUAUGACAUAACAGCAUCCUAUUUUAUAUUGAUUCAUUUUAUGUAAACAGGAGUAACAUUCCGCUACUACCUCAUGAAAAUGGUGCUUUCUCACGUAAUGAGAUUAUUCACUAAACACGAAAUUGUAGGGAAUCUAAAAUUUAGGCUAAAAUAGCAGUUUUGGAAGAAAUGUCCAACUCGGUUAUAGUCACUGCCUAAAUGUUUUACACUAAAACUUGGAUUUCAGUUCACACAGCUCAGGACACUGUCAUUUCCUUGGAGAUCAUCAGAACAGUGUUAAUUGGCAUUCUGACUGAUUUACCUGUGCCAUGGUGACUACAAAUCCAGUAGUUUUCAAGAUGUGCUUUUAAGGGCUAAAUAGAGAUUUUAAAAAUAAGAUGCAUUUUUUUAGAACCCUUCAAGCACCAUAACCACUACAGUAAACUGUGCUGAUUAGGAUGCCAGAAGUACCCUGGCAUACCCCCCAGUGUAAAUUGUUAAACUGUUUUAGAGAAAUUUGACUUCUUACUUGGGUUCACCAGGCGGCGCUUCAAGUCUGUUCUUUUCUGGCGCACAGGGCCAGCUGAUUGGCUGAGAAUUACUAGCUGACACUCUCAGCCAAUCAGUUGGCCCUGCACCACUGAGCUUAGCUCAAGCAGAGAGCUUCUCACUGUCUUAGAAAAAAGAAAUAGUUCCCAGCAGGCCUCAGGGAAAGAUUUUAACUGGUAUUGGGAAGGGGGGUGGGAGGGUGUCUGGGUGUUCCUGGCAACAUAACCACUGCAUUGUGCUUAUAAUGCUCGGAGUGGGACACAAAAAUAUGCUGCAUCAAGAUGUAGAGGCUGUGCUUGUACUAUUACAGAGCAAAGUUCUAGAGCAGGUUUGUCUAACUAUACCCUUGGUCUAGAAAUAGUAUUUACUCCAGUUCAGAGAUGGUUUUCAUUUCUAUAAUCUAUCUAGCUAUUUUAGUGAGCAUGUGAAUUAACCAGUGGUGAUAUAGCCAUAGUAUCAGGUUAAAUAUAGUUUCUGUACUUGUACUUUGUCUAUGCCACAAUAAAUAUCAAUUUUAAUUGACUACAAA